AAACAUGCAUGCUUGCUAACACAGGACCAGUGUUGCUUGUUGCCUUCCUAAUUAACUGGAAGACAUCAAUCGCCCAGGUCUGACCGUCUCUCUCAAGUCAAGCCAACCCAGGACGACGGACUCAAAAGUCCAGUUAAAAGAAAAAAAAGACCCAAACCUUUCGGAGAUCCACAUACACCUUUGAUUUCAUUUUGUUGCUUGCUUCCUAUCAUCACUGACCAAACAACAAACAACUACAAGAUCCCUCUUUUCAACUGAAAAACAGACCUUCUGGUAAGCCUUCGUCUGCUUUCUUUCUGGUGGAGGGGAGGGACAUUGCAAAUCUGCAAUGGUUCUUGUUGCCUGUGAUGACGAUGAUGAACAAACCGCAGAAAAUGGCGGAGCCCCGAUGCUCAGCAACUACAACGCCCUGGCACCGGCGCUCGCCGACACCCCGCACUGGCUCAGCCAGCUCAAACUGUGGCGCCGCAAUGCCGACUACGGAAUCGCCAUCGACUGGAGCUCUGUGCGUUCGACGUGCAAGGAGUGGAUCACCAACCCAAUGAACAUCGCGCUGCUUCUGUGGCUUCUCUGCGUCGGCGUCUCCGGCGCCAUGCUCGUGCUCCUCCUCCUCGGCCUGCUCGACGGGGCAUUCCCCACGCCGGCGUCGAGGAACCACUGGAUCGAGAUCAACAACCAGGUGCUCAACGCGCUCUUCACGCUCAUGAGCCUCUACCAGCACCCCGUACUCUGCCACCACCUCUUCCUGCUCUGCCGCUGGCGCCCCGCCGACGCCUCCGAGCUCCGCGCCGCCUACUGCAAGGACGGCGCCGGCCCGCACCCCCGGGAGCGCGCCCACAUGGCCGUCGUGGUCGCGCUGCUUCACCUCACCGUCGCCUGCCAGUACGUGCUCUGCGGCCUGUACUGGGGAUACACCAAGAAGACGCGGCCGGAGCUCCUGGAGAACGGGUUUUUUGCGCUCGGCGUCGUCGCGCCGGUCGUCGCCGUCGUGUACACCGUGUGCAGCCCGCUCGGGAAAAACAACCUAUGCGACCUCGCGUGCCCCGAGGCCGGCUCGGUGACCCAACACCUCACCGAUACAGGGAACGCGGUGGUCGAGCCGGAGUGGGCCGGCGGCAUGUUCGACUGCGGCGGCGACGCGACGGCAGGGUGUCUCUCCCUCUCGUGCACCUUCUGCGUCUUCGGGUGGAACAUGGAGCGGCUCGGCUUCGGCAGCAUGUUCGUGCACACCGCCACGUUCGUGCUGCUAUGCUUCGCGCCGCUGUGGGUGCUCGGCGUGUCGGCGCUCCACAUCCACGACGUGGUCAUUGGCGACAUGGUCGGCGGCGCCGGGGCGCUGCUCUGCGUAUGCGGGCUGCUCUACGGUGGCUACUGGAGGAUCCAGAUGAGGGAGAGGUUUGGGCUUCCGGCCAGCAGGACGUGCUGCGGCUCGCCGUCGGUGACGGACUACGCUCGGUGGCUAUUCUGCUGGCCGUGUGCGCUGGCGCAGGAGGUGCGCACGGCGAGCCUCUACCACAUCGACGGCGAGACCUUCUACAAGAAGCUCCCUGUUGUUGCUGAUGAUGUUGAACAGGAGAAGAGGCAUCCAUUGUUGUUGGCGUCACACCAUGUCCAAUUCCAUGCACCACCAGAGGCAAUGAUCAUGGCGGCAUCAGACGGAUCAGGUGAUCAUGUGGUGAUUGUUCGUGAGGAGAUGGUUCCACCGGCUGUGCAGGUUGUGGUGGAGCAAGUCGUUGAAGCUGAUAAAUCUGACGAAUUCAGUGUCUUUCAUGACGAGAUGAAGGGUUCGCUUCUUGCGGUGACGGAGCAGGAGGAGGAUAGGCUGCCCAGUUUGUCUGAAGGAAGCUGGACAGUGGACAGGGUGAAGAGACUGAUAAAUGUUGUCACUUAGGUUUCCCUGCUCAUUCUUCUCUACUCCAGGGGAUUCAUUCGUUAGAGAGGCACUGCAAAUACAUACAAAAGGAUGUAGAUGCCAUAGAUAGAUCACUGAAUUCCUCUUCUUUCUCCAUUUUUUGUCGGUUCUGAUUGAGAGGAAGCUCAUUCUUUGGAAUUUGGGUGUACAUAGGCAUACAUACUGGUAUACAGGAUUCAAAGGAUUUGUGUACUUGUAAUACUUCCCCAGAUGCAAUUGCAACUUGGAAAAAGUGAAGUGAAGUGAAGUUCUAAUGCCCCUAUAUCUGCUUGUUUCAGUUUUUCAGUGUAGCUUGUGUUUCAGCAAAACUAACUUGCCAUGGUGCUACAAGCAUCUUGUGGUUUCAGUUAGAAUCCAUCUGUAAUGUUCAGUAUGACUUACUGAAGUUUCAGUUUGCAAGUACAGGGGAGAUAUGAUAUGCAAAUGGUAGUGCUUCUUUCUUGAGACAAUAAUUGCCGCUGCAGAGGACCUUUGCAAAUUUGCGACUGCAACUGCACUUACGAAAUCUAAUCAGGCCUGUUUCAGAGUUUCUGUUUCUCCACUGUAGCUUGUGUAAUUGUAAUUUGGUGAACUAAGAUAUGAGCUACUUGUUCCUCUGAUGUUGUAUAGCACCAACAAUGAAUAGCAGAACAUCGUUAUUGACCAUGUGUACAGUGAUAGUAUUUGC